UGGGUGGAAGCAUUUUGUAGAACUGCCUCAAGUUGCUGCUUUCCCAGAAGGGAGACGGGUAAUGGCUCCCCAACCUGCACCCCCGCAGGCAAGCGGCCCACGGAAUAUGUGCCCAGGUGCAAUGAACGGAUGCGGGAGAAAAUGUUUGCUGACCUCUGAAUCAAUGGGAUGUCCAAAGACCAUUUCAAAAUACCUGAAGAUUUCAGCCUGUGAAGCUAUCAUCUUAAGAAAAUGAAAAAAGGGGCUGGGCAGUGUGGCUCAUGCCUAUAAUCCCAGCACUUUGGGAGGCCGAGCAAGGCAGGCGGAUCAUGAGGUCAAGAGAUCAAUACCAUCUUAGCCAACAUGGCAAAAACCCGUCUGUACUAAAAAUACCCAAAAAAUUAGCUGGGCAUGGUGGCGCAUGCCUGUAGUCCCAGCUAUUCGGGAGGCUGAGGCAGAAGAAUCACUUGAACCCAGAAGGCGGAGGUUGCAGUGAGCUGAGAUUGUGCCACUGCACUCCAGCCUGGCGACAGGGCGACUUCAUCUCAAAAAACAAAAACAAAAUGAAAAGGUAUAGAUUGAGGUCUACUCCAAGAAGUCUAUAAACAUUUUUAAAAGUUGGAGAAUAGGCCGGGUGGGUGGCUCACACUUGUAAUCCCAGCGCUUUAGGAGACUGAGAUGGGUGGAUCAGAAGGUCAAGAGAUCGAGACCAUCCUGGCCAACAUGGUGAAACCCUGUCUCUAUUAAAAAUACAAAAAAGCCAGGCACGGUGGCUCACGCUUGUAAUCCUGUAGCACUUUGAGAGGCCGAGGUGGGUGGAUCACCUGAGGUCAGGAGUUCAAGACCAGCCUGGCCAUCAUGGUGAAACCCCAUCUUUUUUUUGUAUUUUUGUAUUUUUUUUUUUUUUUUUUUGAGAUGGAGUUUCGCUCUUGUUACCCAGACUGGAGUGCAAUGGCACGAUCUCGGCUCACUGCAACCUCCGCCUUCUGGGUUCAAGCAAUUCUCCUGCCUCAGCCUCCCAAGUAGCUGGGACUACAGGCGCGCACCACCAUGCCCAGCUAAUUUUUGCAUUUUUAGUAGAGACGGUGUUUCACCUUGUUGACCAGGAUGGUCUCGAUCUCUUGACCUUGUGAUCCACCUGCUUCGGCCUCCCAAAGUGCUGGGAUUAUAGGCAUGAGCCACCGAGCCCGGCCGAAACCCCAUCUUUAAAAGAAAAAAAAAAUUAGCUGGGCAUGGUAGCGCUCGCCUGUAGUCCCUGCUACUCGGGAGGCUGAGGCAGGAGAAUUGCUUGAACCUAGGAGGCAGAGGUUGCAGUGAGCCGAGAACGCACCAUUGCCUUCCAGCCUGGCACCUGGAGACAGAGCAAGACACUGUCUCAAAAAAAAAAAAGUUGGAGAAUAAUGUUAAGAAAAAUCAUCCCAAACUUGGAAAUCCAAGAGCGUAGCGUGUCCUUUCAAUGUCACACUGGGUCAUUGUUUCGGAAGCCCACCCAAGGAUUAUUUCCCCACAGGAAUGCACAGUUGUUUGACUUUGCUGCUUCCUAGUAAGGUAAACAGACUCUGAAAUGACAAGGAGAUAUAGUGCAGGAGAGAUGAAAAACAUGUAUAUACAGUAGGAAAACUAACCUCAAAGGGUAUAAUUUUUGUCAUGUAGGACAUCCAGUGCAUUUUGCAUCUAACCUACUAAUCAUGUGCUAAACAUUCCUCUUUAUUUUAUUUUAUUUAUUUAUUUUCGGACUUGCUCAGUCACCCAGGCUGGAGUACAAUGGCACAAUCUCAGCUCACUACAACCUCUGCCUCCCAGGUUCAAGCGAUUCUCCUGCCUCAACCUCCCAAGUAGCUGGAUUACAGGCGCACAGCACCGUGUCUGGCUACUUUUUAGUAUUUUUAGUAGAGAUGGAGUUUCACUAUGUUGGCGAGGCUGGUCUUGAACUCCUGACCUCAGGUGAUCCACCCACCUUGGCCUCCCAAAGUGCUGGCAUUACAGGUAUGAGCCACCGUGCCCAGCCUAACAUUCCUCUUUAAAUGCCUGUCCUGUCCGGCUAUUCAUGUGCAUCACCACCUUAUCAAAUGGGAAUCCCUCACUGAUGAGUUAAAGAUCUUUUUUUUUUGAGACAAGGUCUCACUGUGCCCCCACGCUGGACUGUAAUGGUGCAAGCAGGGCUGGAAUUCCUAGGAUCAAGUGAUCCUCCCGCCUCAGCCUCCCAAGUAGCUGGGACUAUAGGCACAGGCCACCACACCCAGCAAAUUUCAUUUUUUUAAAUUUUGUUGUAGAGAGAGGCCGGGCAUAGUGGCUCAUGCCUGUAAUCCCAGCACUUUGGGAGGCCAAGGCAGGUGAAUCAUGAGGUCAAGAGAUAGAGACCAGCAGGGCGCGGUGGCUUACGCCUAUAAUUCCAGCACUUUGGGAGGCCGAGGCAGGUGGAUCACAAGGUCAAGAGAUCGAGACCAUCCUGGUCAACAUGGUGAAACCCCAUCUCUACUAAAAAUACAAAAAUCAGCUGGGCAUGGUGGUGCGUGCCUGUAGUCCCAGCUACUUGGGAGGCUGAGGCAGAAGAAUUGCUUGAACCCAGGAGGGGGAGGCUGCGGUGAGCCGAGAUCGCACCAUUGCACUCCAGCCUGGUUAACAAAAAGCAAAACUCUGUCUCAAAAAAAAAAAAAUGAGAGAUAGAGACCAUACUGGCCAGUACAGUGUGACCCCGUCUCUACUAAUACAAAAAUUAGCCAGACAUGGUGGCGUGCACCUGUAGUCCCAGCUCCUCAGGAGGCUGAGGCAGGGAAAUUGGGGAGGCAGGGGUUGCAGUGAGCCAAGCUCAGGCCAUUGCACUGCAGCCUGGUGACAGCGAGACACCGUCUCAAAAAAAAAAAAAUUUAGUAAAGAGAGAAGGUCUCACUAUGUUGCCCAGGCUGGUCUCAAACUCCUGAGCUCAACUGAUCCUCUCACCUUAGCCUCCCAAAAUGCUGGGAUUACAGGCAUGAGCCACUGCACCUGGCCCAAUAAAUUUAGUUAUGUGUUCAUUCUAUAUUUAGACAUAGUUUUUAACUUUUUGAAAGUACGCUUUGACAAAUCAUAUGGUAUUUUUUAAAAUGCAUUAAACUUAUGUAUAUAUAUGUGUGGGUGUGAGACCCCGCAGGAGACCCUUUAAGUGCCGAGGCGAGGGUCUGAAGCCUCAGCCUGUUCCCAUAUAAAUAUUGAACUAGAAAAGAAUUAAGAGUUAUAGUUACAUAGUUAUUCCUAUAAUCAUAAUCACAUAUUCAUAUGUAAUCACAGACAUGCAUAUACUCAAUAUAACCUUUUAAUUUUACUAAGGAUUCUCAGGUCAUGAAGUGUGGAAAUGAAGUGCCAUUGGAAAGGCGAGUUGGUUUAAGUCCUCUGUCACGCCCUCAUAAGAGCUGCUGGAGUGCCAGUGCUGGGAACGCGUCCGCUGUUUAGCCAGUUAGGGAAGGAGAUGUCCAAGAUAUCCCCUUCCCAGGGGAGUGAGGAGAAAACUCCGCUCCUCCAAGCUCUUGCGGUAGACCUGACAGCUGUCAGGGAGGCCCACAGACAUCCAGGGGCUUGUCUCUAUGUGAUGCUGCGCUUCAGCGGUCACGUUCCAUGUCCACUCUCAUGUUCCGCUUCUGCACCUGGUUCCUCUUUUUCUUCAAAGAUAACAAUCAGUAAUAGUAACAUAAAUCUUAGUGUCCAUGUUAUUUCCUGACGAGUAUGGGAAAAGUGCUGACACAUUAGGUUUUCUCCUCACCUCGGCUACUUGAAAGUCCUGGGCCCCUCUCUCCAAGACGUAAUGUACUUGACCCUAUCACUGAUCACCAAUGCCUGGCCUACCUACCCUGCUCCCUGCUUUGUACUCAGUAAAAGUCAGAGCGUCCAAGCACUCGAGGCCACUGCCGGACUCCAUGCUGGCUGGCAGUGGACCCCUGGGCCCAAACUCUUUUUCUCUUUCUUGGUGUCUUGUGUCUUUUAUUUCCACGGUUUCUCGUUUCCACACCAGUAGAGAGGGGCUCACAGGACCCAGUAGGGCUGGACCCUACAUAUAUGUACAUCUAGAUUUAUGAAGUUACCAUUACCAUUACACAAAGAAGGGACUUAAAAGAUGCCAUCUCACCAAAGUGGUGAAGGGGUUACCUCAGUGGUGGGGAUGCAGCGGAAAGAACGUUACAUUUUCCUCUGAUGCUUGUGUAUUAUGCAAGUAUUUUACAAGAACAUAUUCAUAUAUAUAUGCACUUUUUUUUUUUUUAAGACAGAGUUUCGCUCUUGUUACCCAGGCUGGGGUGCAAUGGCGAGAUCUCGGCUCACUGCAACCUCCGCCUCCCAGGUUCAAGCGAUUCUCCUGCCUCAGCCUCCCGAAUAGCUGAGAUUACAGACAUGUGCCACCAUGCCAGGCUAAUUUUGUAUUUUUAGUAGAGAUGUUGGUCAGGCAUGUCUUGAACUCCUAACCUCAGGUGAUCCACCCACCUCGGAAUCCCAAAGUGCUGGGAUUACUGGGUGAGCCACCUCGCACAGCCUAACAUGUUGGUCAGGAUGGUCUUGAACUCCUGACCUCAGGUGAUCCACCUGCCUCAGCCUCCCAAAGUGCUGGGAUUACAGACAUGAGCCACCGCACCUGGCCCAUAUUAAUAUAUUACAUGUAUAAUUUUUUUUUAAAUUAGGAGCUAGGGACUACUUACCAUUGCACUCAGCAAUUUUUUUUUUUAAGAGAUGCAGUCUUGCCAUCUCCAAAGCUGGUCUUGAACUACUGGCCCAAAUCAGUCCUCCCACCUGGGCCUCUGAAAGUGCUGGGGUUGUAGGCGUGAGCUACCAUGCCCAGCCUAGUUCUCAUCUCUUACAUGCAUGGAGGAAAUUUUUUCUUGCAUCUGACCCUGCUCACUCAGCACAGCCUAAGGUAGUAUCGGAUCUUUAUUUCAGUACUGACUCUGUCCCUUACUGGCUAUGACAGCUUGAGGAAGCCCAUCCCUCCCUCCGCCUCAGACGUCUAAGUGUCAAAUAGGAUUUAUCCCACCAGCCCCAGCUGUCUCAUGGGAUUCUUGGACUGAUGGAGGUGAAAGUGCUCCAAGCACCUGUAGGUGGCAGAGGGGAAAACUGCUCAGCAUCAGGUCCUGUAAGAACAUCUAGGGAGAAUGGAAAAGCCAGGUGCCCUCUGGACCACACCUGGGGAGGGCAUGGGGAAGGUCCCAGAACAGCUCUGAAGAAUCGGUUGACCCUUCCCUUCUCAUAAUUCCUCUCCACCAGAGAGUUGAGAAAAUACUUGGAACUUGGGAUCCAGCCCAGGCCUCCCCUUACCUGGGAAUGCCUUCCAGCUCUACAGCUGGGUCCUAAUCUCUCAUUUGCCUAAGACUUCUGUGGCUCUAUACCAUGCCCCUCAACUUUUUUUUUUUUUAAGACAGAGUCUUACUCUGUUGCCCAGGCUGGCAUGCAGUAGUACAAUCUCAGCUCACUGCAACCUCUGCCUUCCGGGUUCAAGAAAUUCUCCUGCCUCAGCCUCCCAAGUAGCUGGGAUUACUGGCACCCACUGCCAUGCCUGGGUAAUUUUUUUUUUUUGUAUUUAUAGUAGAGACAGGGUUUCGCCAUCUUGGCCAGGUUGGUCUCAAACUCCUGACCUCAGGUGAUCCACCCACCUUGGCCUCCCAAAGUGCUGGGAUUACAGGCGUGAGCCAUCAUGCCCAGCCGCUCCUCAACUUUUCUGAGCCCCUGUUCUUCAUCUAUAGACUGCGCUCACACUGUCUCCGUUGUGGGAAAGUUGAGAUGUGCACAAAAUCUAGCGUGAGGACAGGACAACUAGGGUUGCUGCCCCUUCGCCAUCGCCACGGGCCCCCCCCGGUCUCACAAUUCAAAGCACCUCCUACCACUGUGAAGGAGUCCUGCAUUGGCUGAAAUCAGCCUGUGUUCUAGAAUCUUGUCCCCUCUGCUGUCCUUCUGGCUCUAGAAUCCCACUGCCACUCCAGGCCAGGCACCCUAGAAUCAAAGGCGCUGCUGCUUUUCCUGGGCAGGGCCUGCUUGCUCCAGCUCUCAAGUCUGACUUGCAUGUAUACUGUGGGCAAGAUGCGGCUGCGGGACCGCAUCGCCACAUUCUUCUUCCCAAAAGGCAUGGUGCUCACCACGGCUGCACUGAUGCUCUUCUUCCUACACCUGGGCAUCUUCAUCAGCGACACGCACAACUUCUGCAUCACCUACCACUACGACCGCAUGAGCUUCCACUACACAGUCGUCCUGAUGUUCUCCCAGGUGAUCAGCAUCUGCUGGGCCGCCACGGGGUCACUCUACGCCGAGAUGACAAAAAACAAGUACACCUGCUGCUCUGCCAUGACCAUCCUGAUCCUCAAUGGAGCCAUGUUCUUCAGUCGCCUGUCCUUGGAGUUUCUGGCCAUUGAGUACCGGGAGGAGAACCACUGAGGCCUGGGGGGUUGAACAGGGCUGAGGAGGGGAAGGAAAAAGCUGCCUCGGG